UCGAAUUAAUUUUAAACAACUGCAAUUUGACAUUUGAUAAAAGAUGAAAUGUCAAUUUACUGCAGUAAAUAAUGUUUAAGCAUUGAAAACAAUAUUUCAACCUUGUUACAAUAAAAGCGGUCUAAUGGAAUUUAUAGAGCUUAUACUUAUUAACAAAUUAGACGGUGUGAUAUUAAAAUAUCCUCACCAUGAUAACGUCGACGGCACAGUCUGUAUAACUGGACACCACCUUAUUUUAAGUUCUAGAAAAGAAGGCGUUAGAGAACUAUGGCUCUUACACAAAAAUAUAGACAGUAUAGAAAAAAAAGAAAACAAACUCAGUGGCGGAGUAGUGCAGGGCGGAUCUGUGUUCUUGAAAUGCAAGGACCUCAGAAUAUUUCAAUUGGAUAUCAGCAAUACGAUAGAACUGAACCUCAUAACACAAACACUUGAGAAUCUAGCCAGUAUACAAGAUCCAACACUCUUCUAUCCAUUUUUUUAUAGACACAUGCAUCCUAUAAUGGAGAAUGGAUAUACUCUGUAUAGUGUUGAAGGAGAAUUCACUAAAGUAUUGGCAACAGAAGAGUGGCGGAUUUCCCGAGUUAACCAAAACUACACAAUAUGCCCUGCAUAUGCUAAAGGUGUGGUCGUCCCUAAAAGUAUAGAUGAUGAAACAUUGUCUGCAGCAGCUACUUUUCGGCAAGGUGGAAGAUUUCCCGUGCUAUCUUACAGGCAUAACAAUGGGGCUGUGUUACUUCGAGCUGGUCAACCACUGUAUGGUCCAAAGCAUCGCCGAUGCAGACCUGACGAGGCAAUACUAAAUACUGUGGUCAAUAUCGGAAUGAAAGGAGUCAUAUAUGAUUUGAGAAGCUCUAAUUCUAUAUCACAACAGCAAAAUAAAGGAGGUGGUACAGAGAGUCCAUCUAACUACUCUCAGUGGAAAAUAUACAACCGGUCCAUGGACGAUGUGGACAAUCAGCAGCAACUCCUUGAGAGUUUUUCAAAACUUAUUGAAGUGUGCAUGGACCGGGAAGUAUCGAGUGAUAAGUGGAUAUCGAGGUUGGAGUCGUGUGGGUGGCCGGAGUCUGUCAGAAAUGCUCUGCAUACUUCAUGUAUUAUCGCACAGCAUAUACAUCAAAAAGCGGAGCCUGUCCUUAUUCACGGAACACGAGGAGAGGACGCGACACUUCUGGUUUGUUCGUUGGUUCAAAUUAUAUUGAAUCCCGACUGCCGCACUAUAAGAGGUUUCCAAGCCCUAAUCGAACGUGAAUGGCUUCAAGCUGGUCACCCAUUUGGAACUCGUCUCAAAAGUGGUCCCUUUGCACCAUACCAAGCCAGAUCAGCACCAACCUUCCCCCUGUUCCUGGACUGCGUGAGGCAGUUCCUGGAGCAAUUUCCAUGCAGCUUCGAGUACAGACAGUGUUUUCUGAUAACUCUCUUCGAACACGCUUAUGCUAGUCAGUUUGGUACAUUUCUCUGUGAUAGCGAUCUUGAAAGAGAAUCUCGUGGAGUGUACGAACAGACUACGAGUAUAUGGUCUUGGAUAAACCAGCCCGAGGAACUUUCGAACUACAUCAACCCACUUUACGACCCCACUCCAAACGUGGUGUGGCCCUCUGUGGCUCCAAUGAGUUUUGUUAUUUGGGAAGAACUUUACCUCCGUUGGCUAGUGGUCCAACGUACCGAGGAGAGAGAAGAUCAAUACAAAACCAUUCGUACAAGAGAACAACACUUACGUUCUCAAGCUCUACAACUGCGCAGGGAGCUACUGGAUCUCGCCCAUCAGUACUACGAUGAACAUAAUUGAACAGUACCAAAACCUUCCGUGGGCCUUAAGGAACAUGUAAA